AUGGCAAUGAGCACACCACCAUAUCUGCAACCACUCAAAUACCCUGCCAACUGGUCUUCCAUACAGGACAGCCUCACACCUACCAGGGUGGCCCUGGCUGGUCUGUUUGCUGUCUUCGUCGUCCCUCGUAUUUUGGGUUUUCUGAAAGCACUCUUCUCGCCUAUUCAACGAGUUCCUGGGCCAUUCUUGAACAAGAUUACAUCAUGGCCGUUUACCAUUUCUGUUUUGAAUGGUGCAAGCCACCACUUUACGGAUGAUCUUCACAAGCGAUAUGGACCCAUUGUCGCUUUGGCACCCGACAUGAUUUCUGUCUCGGAUGAUGCCGAGGUCAAGAAGAUUAUCCAAACCCAGGACUGGCAUAAAUCAGAGGCCGUGUAUGGCAAUUUUAGACAAGAUCCUAAGCGGCCAACUCUGAUUGCCUUUACUGAUAAAUCGUCAUAUGGAGUGCGAAAGCGCAUGAUCUCGUCAAUGUUUGGCAUUCGCUACAUUCGAAGCAUGCAGCCGCUCAUGUUAGACUGUAUCAACGUGGCUGUCAAAAAGCUGGAGGAUCAAUGUUCACAAAAGCCGGUGGAGAUUGACAUGCAAAAUCUCAUCCAGAGCUUGGCUGUCGAUAUCAUUGGCAUAACCACUUUUGGCCAGAGUUUCAACGUCGUGCAGAACGGAUCUCAUCCCCUUCCCGACCAGAUCAAGAAGGCAUUGAAGCUUGCUGGGUUGCUGAUGCUUGUGCCUUGGAUUCGGAACAUUCCCUUCCUGCCAGAUCGUGACCCCUACGUUGAUAAGUUUACAUCUGACGCUGUUGAGAACCGAAGGGCCAUUCUCAAAAACAGCAACAAACAAGAUUUGCUUCAGAAGCUCGUGGAAGCAGGUGAUGAUUCAGAAGGCUCCACCUUUCGCCGAUCGGACAUUCAGGAUGAAGCCAUUAUCUUGUUGACUGCAGGCAGUGAAACUACGGCCAAUGCGGAACUCUUCACUCUCAUCAUGUUGACCAAGAACAAGGACAAGAUGGCCAAGCUCGUCGCCGAGGUGGAUCAAUGGUAUCCUCCCUCUGAUCCCAAUAAAAUCGUCGACUGCGAGUGCAGUUUUCUGGGUAUGACGUAUCUACAAGCCUGCAUUGACGAGACAAUGCGCCUUGUGCCUGGUCAAGCGACCGGCAGUCCACGAGAAUGCAUGAAGGACGAGAAGAUUCUAGGAUACACAAUUCCCAAGGGAACGACCGUAUUUCCCUCUACUCAGAAUGUUCACAUGGAUGAAAAGGUGUGGCCAAACGCGGCUGAGUUCCUCCCAGAGCGCUGGCUGGACAUUUACGACAGCGGAAAGACUAAUGAGGUUGCCUUUUGGCCCUUUUCCGCCGGUAGUCGCGUCUGUAUUGGCAAGCACUUUGCGCUACAGGAAAUGCACAUGACUCUUGUCAGUCUCUUCAGGCGUUUCGAGUUUGAGUAUAUUCCGCAGCAGGAUGAGACCACGGUAUUCCGAGUUGCGCAGCAGCUUCAGGCUCACCGAUACAUGAUCAAGGUAAAGCGCCGCAGCUUUUAA